GAUCUGAUUGGUUACCUGGCACUUCAUCUGUGGCAAGCAGGACAAUGGCUGCCAGCAAGAGCAAGAACCAGAGUUCCUUGGCCCUCCAUAAAGUAAUUAUGGUUGGCAGUGGAGGUGUGGGCAAAUCUGCACUCACUCUUCAAUUUAUGUAUGAUGAGUUUGUAGAAGACUAUGAACCUACCAAGGCUGACAGCUACAGAAAGAAAGUAGUUCUGGAUGGUGAAGAAGUUCAGAUAGACAUUCUGGACACAGCAGGACAGGAGGAUUAUGCUGCUAUCAGAGAUAACUAUUUCCGCAGUGGGGAAGGGUUUCUUCUAGUCUUCUCAAUAACAGAGCAUGAAUCCUUUACAGCAACAGCAGAGUUUCGGGAACAGAUCCUGCGUGUGAAGGCUGAAGAGGAUAAAAUCCCUUUACUGGUAGUGGGAAACAAAUCUGACUUGGAAGAGCGCAGACAAGUGCCUGUAGAAGAGGCUAGAAGUAAGGCAGAGGAGUGGGGCGUGCAGUACGUAGAAACCUCUGCCAAAACUAGAGCGAAUGUAGAUAAGGUAUUCUUUGAUUUAAUGAGAGAAAUCAGAGCAAAGAAAAUGUCAGAAAACAAAGACAAGAAUGGCAAGAAAAGUGGCAAGAACAAGAAAAGCUUUAAAGAAAGAUGUUGCUUACUGUGAUGCUUGGGAACUGUAAAUAUCUAUCUACAGGUGGCAUGGAUAAGAUACCACUAAGGAUAUAGGGCUGGAUUCAUGAAAGGAAGUCUGUAUUGACUCCCUUAUCUUUUGCUUUGCAUAUCACACCUUCAAAAUGUGAAAACAGAACUUUGAAACCAUUUCUGGUAUCCAACAAAACCUAUGCCUACUUAAACUGAAAUGGGCUCCGUCUUCCCAGUGUCUUUCAAAACUAGAAACAGUUUCAGAACUACAAUCCUUCUGCUUGGUUAUACAAAGUACUUUCAUAUUAACUUCCUAGUUUACUCUAAUGUCUCUCUGAAUAUGUUUCUCUUGAACCUCUACUGGCCUUAACAAGCACAGCUGUUCAGGUUCAAACAUUUUUUCCACUGUUGCUGCCUUCCUUGAUGUUGCAAACUGCAGAAAAGCUAGAUGACAUCUGGUAAAGGGUUUGAGUCUCCAUCUUCUGUUAGUUGUCACUGAUAUUUCUUACACUGAAAUCUGCUGGCUUCCUCCCCACACUCCAUGUAAGAAAUAGCAACUGACACUUGAGAGUCAACUCAAAACAAACUUUCUUCCAUGUUCUGUUUAGUCAAUACAGCAUUCAUGAAUCAAGCCUGUGGACUCAAUUCAGACUUAUUUAGGCAAUGCAAAAAUUGAUAUUUAAAUAC